GUAUCGUCUCUUCUGCCCGGACACAGAAUGACCAGCAUACCGGUGAAGGAACGGGUCAAGGUGUCUCAGAACUGGAGGCUGGGGCGCUGCCGAGAGGGGAUUCUGCUGAAGUGGAGAUGCAGUCAGAUGCCCUGGAUGCAGCUGGAAGAUGAUUCUCUGUACAUAUCCCAGGCUAACUUCAUCCUGGCCUACCAGUUCCGCCCAGAUGGUGCCAGCCUGAAUCGCCGCCCCCUGGGAGUCUUCGCUGGGCACGAUGAGGACGUUUGCCACUUCGUGCUGGCCAACUCGCAUAUUAUCAGUGCGGGAGGAGAUGGGAAGAUUGGUGUUCAUAAGAUUCACAGCACCUUCACUGGCAAGUACUCGGCCCAUGAACAGGAGGUGAACUGUGUGGACUGCAAAGGGGGCAUCGUUGUGAGCGGCUCCAGAGACCGGACUGCCAAGGUGUGGCCUCUGGCCUCGGGCCGGCUGGGGCAGUGCUUGCACACCAUCCAGACCGAAGACCGAGUCUGGUCCGUUGCUAUCAGCCCAUUGCUCAGCUCUUUUGUGACAGGGACAGCUUGUUGUGGGCACUUCUCACCCUUAAGAAUCUGGGACCUCACCAGUGGGCAGCUGGUGACACACCUGGGCAGUGACUUCCCCCCGGGGGCUGGCGUGCUGGACGUCAUGUAUGAGUCCCCUUCCACACUGCUGUCCUGUGGCUAUGACACCUACAUCCGCUACUGGGACCUCCGCACCAGCGUCCGGAAGUGCGUCAUGGAGUGGGAGGAGCCCCACGACAGCACGCUGUACUGCCUGCAGACCGACGGCAACCACCUGCUGGCCACCGGCUCCUCCUACUACGGCGUUGUGCGGCUGUGGGACCGGCGCCAGAGGGCCUGCCUGCACGCCUUUCCACUGACGUCGACCCCGCUCAGCAGCCCAGUGUACUGCCUGCGUUUCACCACCAAGCAUCUCUACGCUGCCCUGUCUUACAACCUCCACAUCCUGGACUUUCAGAACCCGUGACAGCCAGCGCCGCCCCCGCCUGCGGGCCAGGGCAGCCAGCUACUCAGGGACUCUCCUGCCUGGAGGGCGCAGCAAUCCCUCCUCCCCACUCCCUGCUGUGCUCCCAGACUCUGACACAGUGCGCGGACACUUCCAACCAGAGGCUACCAACCCCGGGCUUUGAGGCUUACCCAGAGGGGCAGUCCCUCCCGGGAACCUGCUGGAGAGACAGGAAGAAUUGCAGCCCAGCCCCAGCCCUGCAUCCCUGUUGGGCCGGAGCCAGGAUUUGGCUUGGAGAGGCCCGGUCCGGUAGCCUACAGAGCAGGCGGGCGCUGCGCUCCACCUCCCCAGCUGGUCCCUGGAAGGAGAGGUGAGGCUGCCAGUCCCCCCCUGGCGCCAGCCUCCCCCUCAGAUCCUGACCCUGACCAGCUUCUCAAGGUCUACCCCUGGGACACUGUGGCCCGGCUUUGCUUUGAAACAAAGAAAGGACAAAGGGGACCCCAGCGGUUCUGAGUGAGUUCUGAGCCAGCGGUACCUCAGGUUGGCUGUUGAGAUGUGAAACCAUUUUCAUUUUUGUAAAAAUAAAGCUUGACUGUUCACA